CUUCAUCCUACCAAGGAGUAGCUGCAGGAAGCCAGGCAGAGCACAGAAGCUGUGAAGCAUCAGUAGGACAGGGGGAAAGACCGAGGACUAAACGUCUUCCCCCGCUGGGAUCUGGAGGCCUCUCUGAUCUCUUUUCUCUGGGACCACUUGCACCUUGAUGUGGGAAGAAUCCCUGUAUCACAGAAGCUCCUUCCAAUGUUUGAACUCAUGGUACCCUUGGGCAGCAUCCAGGGAAGACAGAGCAGGACUCACAGACUUCCUCACUCAACCGCCAGGAUAGGGUGAUGAUGGUCUUUUGGUGGAAACAUUUUGCUCUUUGUAACCAAGACCUCUGUGCUAACAGAGUGUAAGAUCUUGGGGACUGGAAGCAAAGAUUUUGCUGAGGUCAAGUAGUGUCGUUCCCAUUUGAUUUUUACCCAUGAAUUGCUGACCCAUGAAUCCCGCCUGUAUACUUUGAUAUUACCAGACCCAUGUAUAGUCCCUAUCCCUGUCACUGUGGCCACUGUGAUGAGCUUGUUGACUGAUGAUCGGGUGAUUGGGGGAGAGGAUGACUGGCACCAACAGAAUGGGUCACCUUGUCAGCUUGAUGGUCAAGCUCUUCCUUUGCUGAGGUCAGUUUUUGAUGGGCAUUCAGAAGUUCUCUUGCUUGUCUUCCUUGCAGUCCUUCCAGACAACUCUUCCAGACCGAUUUCCCAGCCAUGUUGUUUCCAAAUCCACAUCGUCCAGCCAAAUGGUUGGCUGGAGCCCAUGGUGCCAGCCGGGGUCAGGAGGGCAACUUCAAGCAGAACCAGGGAACAUCCACACUGUGGCUCCUCCUGCUAGGGAAACAGGGUGCAGGCAAAAGCGCCACAGGAAACACCAUUCUGGGCAAAGCCGUGUUCGAGUCCAAGUUCAGCGAUCACAUGGUAACCAACAGGUGCCAGAGCGAGAGUGUGUCAGUAAGAGGGAAGCGGGUCAUUGUCAUCGAUACCCCAGAUCUCUUCUCCUCACUGAGCUGUCCAGAGGUUAGGCAGCAGAACCUGCAGCAGUGCUUGGAGCUCUUAGCUGAUGAUCACUGUGUGCUGCUCCUGGUCACUCCCAUUGGCCACUAUACAGAGGAGGACAGGGAGACCAUUGAAGGCAUCUGGGGUAAAAUUGGCCCUAAAGCCUACAGACACAUGAUUGUGGUCUUCACUCGGGAAGAUGAGCUGGAUGAAGACUCCCUGUGGAACUACAUCGAGAGCAAGGAGUCUCUGAAGGAGUUGAUUAAAAACAUUGGAAGUCGACGAUGUUGUACUUUCAACAACAAGGCAGACAAGAAGCAGCGGGAACUGCAGGUGUUCAAGCUUCUUGAUGCAAUUGAACUUUUGAUGAUGGAAAGCCCUGGGCCAUAUUUUGAGCCCUUAAAAAUGGAAAGCAGUGGAGUCCAGGGUUGUGGGACUGGAGUGACAUAUGAAGGGGAAACUCUGUGUGGUUCAAAGAAGAGGCAUCCUCAGAUCACAGGACCCGAUUGUGAUCCAGAAAUGCCAGAGCUGAGGGUCCUUCUGAUGGGGAAGCGUGGUGUUGGGAAAAGUGCAGCAGGAAACAGCAUUCUGGGGAAGCAGGUCUUUAAGACUCAGUUCAGUGAGAAGCAGCGGGUCACCAAGGCCUUUGCAUCCCACAGCAGGGUCUGGCAAGGGAAGAAAGUUCUGAUUAUAGAUUCUCCAGAGAUCUCAUCGUGGAAGCUUGAUGAGUCUGAUGUCAAGAAUCACACCUUUCCAGGUCCCCAUGCCUUUCUGCUGGUGACACCACUGGGUUCUUCUUUAAAGAGUGAUGACGAUGUGUUCAGCAUCAUCAAACGUAUUUUUGGAGAAAAAUUCGCCGAGUUCACAAUUGUUCUCUUUACCAGGAAAGAAGAUUUUGAGGCUCAGGCUCUAGACACAGUUAUAAAGGAAAAUGAUGCUCUCUAUAAUCUCACCCAGAAAUUUGGAGAAAGAUACACAAUCUUCAACUACCGGGCAUCUGUGGAGGAGGAGCAGAGCCAGGUGGGCAAACUACUGAGCCAAAUCGAGAAGAUGGUGCAGUGCCACAGCAACAAGCCUUGCGUCAUCAGAGAGAAAGAACUUUUAAACAUCAUCCUCUUGGGAAGGAGUGGGGCUGGAAAGAGUGCAACUGGGAACACUAUCCUGGGGAGGCCUGCCUUCUUCUCUCAGCUCAGAGCUCAGCCGGUCACCAGUUGCAGCCAGAGUGGCAAGACGACACUGGACUGGCAGGAUGUUGUGGUUGUGGACACUCCAUCAUUCAUCCAGACGCCUGGCACUGAAAAGGAUCCUUCCAGGUUAAAGGAGGAGAUCCAUCACUGUUUGAGUCUCUGCGAAGAAGGCAUGAAGAUUUUUGUCCUGGUUCUCCAGUUGGGACGGUUCACCCAGGAAGAUGAGGCGGUGGUGGAGCAACUGGAGGCCAGUUUUGAGGGAAACAUUAUGAAAUAUAUGAUUGUGCUGUUUACACGGAAGGAAGACCUAGGGGAUGGGGACCUUCAUGAUUAUACUAACAACACAAAGAACAAAGCCCUUAAAAAAAUACUUAAAAAGUGCAAUGGGCGAGUUUGUGCUUUUAAUAACAAAGAAACUGGUGAAGACCAGGAGACCCAGGUGAAAGGUCUGUUGAAAAUAGCCAAUAGUCUCAAGAAGAACUAUGAUGAGCAUUCAAAUUCAUGGAUGGGUCAAUUAAAAUCAACACUAGGCCAAAUUACUAUGGCAUUUAAAUGAGCUCAAGUGGGCAGUUUUAAGGCCUGGGGACAGUUUAGGGAUGCCAUCAGACAGAGGAGGGGGUGGAUGAGAGGGGGAAGGACUAGUGGGGUGGAUCCUCUCAAAGAAGGUUCAUGACUUGGAAGGCUGAGGGAUAAAUGCAUCUCAUGAAGGAUGUAGAUAUUCAGGUAAAUAAAUUCUUAAGUUAGGCCAGGCAGAAGGAAAUUAUGGACAAAGAGAUUAUGGAAGAGAAAAUGUUUUUCUUUGAUUUAAGUUUUAUUGCAUUAUCUCAAAUUAUGUUAAACAUAAUAGACUUACACCACAUUCUUCUUUCCCUUUUGUACCCCAACUCCUCCCUGAGAGCCCUCCCCACUUCAAAACCUGCAAUAUAUUAUAAAAAUAAAAAUGAGUAUUAUAAGAGUAGUUUGAUAUAAUACAACAAUCGA